GAUGAAAGGAUGAACCCAACUUGUCUCGUCUUGCUAUCUUGCCCCCCGGCGUGUCUGAAGAAUUUUCUUCCGGCAUCAAAGGAGCCGGUGAGCUGCAGUGCCUUCAAGUUUGGCCAAAAUUACGGCGCCCGCUUAUUCCGCAGCAUUUCAAACAUUUGCCCUAGAGGACGUCGUCCAUUUUGGCUUCCUGGUAUCCCACCUUUGAUAAAGUUUGGGGAGCUGUGCCCUUCCUCUGCUGGCCCCUCCAUAACAUGCCCUUCAAUUUGGACCCGGCUUUGCCCAGGAUGACAGGGGGUUCCCCGUCAGAUCGAGGCUUCGAAGGGAUCCUCCAGAUCCUAAAGGGGAUCCCAGCAGAGAGGCUGGUUCAAUACAGGCACAAGCUGAGCUGCUCACACCAAGACCGGAAGAGCUGCCAUCUCCUGCACGUCAUGAUCCUGUGGUCCUUAGGGAGAGAAGGUGAGGCCAGAGUGCAUCUCGACAGCUUCAGCGACGACGUGGUGGCCCGUCACCUCUCCCAAAGCCUCUGGAGUGCUGUUGGAGCAAACAGGACAACCCCGGAGCAACUCCAGAAGGACCAUGCCAAGGUGGCCCAGUCUGUGGCAGAGAUCUACUCACUCUUGGUUGAUGAGAAGCUCUGCGAACCCCUGGCCAGAGACGAGGCCUACCGAGAAGCUAUCCUAGCCUUUAAAGCAAGCCACCUUGAACCAGCCCAGCUCAAAGGUCUCCUGGAUGAAGCCAUGGAGAAGUGUGGACUGCAGUUCAUCUCAAAGUUGCCCAGGGAUAAUUUCGGAGCUCUGGCUUCAAGUAGAUGGGAGUUGACUCCGGCCAGAAGGAGCAGCCCAGUGUCAAUCAACGGCUCGUCUCCUGAUAACCCUCAGUCUUUACGUUCUACAGGUACCCCCAUCUCCUACAUCAGCAACCUUAAGAUCAGUGAGAGUUCAAUAACAAUCUCCGACAGCCCUUCCAGUACAGGAGGUUCCUUGCCUCUACCACCAACCGGCCAAGGAGAAGACAUGGCAUUGGUCAAUGGCUGCUCCACCAAUUCAAGAAAAUCUUCCCUGCCAAAUUUCAGAGGUCCCUGUUUACUGCCUGACUCCAAAAUCACACUGUCUCCCACGCCAUCUGCCCAGGGCCCAACAACCCCAAAAACAGCGCCAUCAGGAGAUUUGAUGUGCCUGUUUCAGGCCCCGCCUUUGCAGAAGCCAGGUUUAGCAGCACCUUCUGCAGGAAGGGCUCCGCCCCGUUCCUCUGCUCCAGCGCCAAGCACGAGUUUUGGACUUCUAGUGUCUUCUUUGUCUUCUACUUCGGAUCUUGCCUCUGGUAGCUCGGAACCUUCUUCGUCGAUGGGCCCACCAGACGAUGAAAAGCAGUUCUACACCUUCGUGGUCCUGCAUGCUGCAGAAGACGAGCUGGUGGCUUUCCGGGUGAAGGAACGCUUGGAGGCCUUGGGGGUAUCCAACGGGGCCACCUUCAGCGAGGAUUUCCUCACCCCUGGGUGUGGCCAACUCAACUGUUUCCAGAACUCCCUGGACAACUCAGCCUUCACGCUCGUGCUCCUGACCAAGAACUUCACGGGCCGCCUUUGUGACUAUCAACGGGACACGGCCUUGAUGGACUCCCUCACCCGCUGCUGCAAGAGGCACUCGGUGAUUCCAUUUGUGCCCAGGGAACACUCUCUAAAGUCUGGGGAAAUGCCCCUCUUGCUCGCUUCGUUGGUGCCCUUGUGUGAAACGUCUCCCGUGUUUGACAAGAGGGUGAAGAAGACCUUCACUCCAAAGGCGAUCCGGGAGAAGAAAGCCACCUGGGACCUCCUGAGACAGAUCCAGGAAAGAGAGGAGGAGAGAGAACGGGAACGAGAAAACUUGAGGCUACAACAACAACUCACUCUCCUCAACCUUCAGUCAUCAUUUCGACCACCGGUAGUGGACAUGUCAAGGAUGCAAGCCCAGGCGGGUGAUGAGACUCAAGGGUUUCCUCCUCCUGCAGCGUCCUUCAUGAAACUGGGGCUUGAUCAGUCUUCCUUUUCCCAACCAUUCCUGUCCUCGGUGGGUUCUCCAAACGCAAUGCUGGGUCCCCAACUCAUCAUUCAGAAUGCCCAGAUGAUUCAGAUCGGUGAUUAUAACCGCAUGCAGGUGGAAAGAAGCAACGCGGCGGUUGGCACGGCCAAUGAGACUGUUGAGAGGCCGCCGGGAGUGGAGAUGGAGGACAACCCUGGAGAAUGGAAACGAGAUGGAUGAAAGGGGACAGCAGAAAAAUGUCUUAAUAUUUCCUAAUCAGAAAUGAUUGUCAAGGGAAGGGGGCACUUUGACUCGCAAAGUUGUAGGGACCAGCAAGUACUGGGACCUUGAAUGGAGCAGGACAGGAAGACCUGGAGCUUAAUGGGUGACCAUCUCCUCUUUGCAAUCCCCCAACAGGGCCUCAUAAAGGACAAAAUGCAUUACGGGUAGUGCUCGACUUACAACUAUUCUUUAGUGACAAAGUUACAA